CCUCUUACUGUUACUGUAAAUUUGGUCAUAAUUUUCUUGGCAUUUUGUUGUUUUUAUCACUCGAAAAGUAUUUCAAUAAAUAUUCUCAAGUAACCCCAAAAGCCCCAAGAAGCACCAGGCUUAUAGAAUUAGAUUAAGUUGGUUUGAUCGCUGAGGGGAAGUUAGCUAAAAGCCUUUUAUCUAAAUGGAAAUACAGUUAUGGUAAUAUAAUAUAAUAUGACAGAAGAGUGCUGCCAGAGGCUGCGUUGCAUUUCCACAGUUUAUUGAGAGCAGUCGGACUCAGCGUGCAAGCUUAGCAGAUUGGGCUCCAGCUCUGCUUGGACGAUGACCAGGAAGAGAAGUCGCUCCAACAGCAUCUCCACUGCAGGGUGAGAGCUUCCACACAGCACUGUGAGGAGGAAACAACACUGAGAGCGGAGAUGCUGACUCAGCUGGUUCUGGGAUGGACUGCCUUGCUCAGCGGCCUCCAGCCUGCUGCUCCCUCUGUCACAACCAGUUUUCUGUCUAGCAGAGGAAGCAGGUGGUCAGUUCAGAAAUGUCAAGCUUUCUUCCCUCCUCCCCUUCCACCUCCUUUGUUUCCCCCAAUCAAACGGAAAGCAGACCUGAUGGUUGAUAUAACAGAACACAUCACAGGACCUAAAGGGGAAAAGGGCUGCAGAGGACCCAGAGGACCCCAGGGCCAGCCUGGUGUGAUGGGUCCAGACGGAGAAGAAGGACGACCGGGAGCCAUGGGCCAGAGCGGCGAAAAGGGACAGAAGGGCGACAGAGGCUGGAGGGGCCUAUAUGGAGACAUAGGAACUCCUGGGAUGAUAAAGGGCAGUAAAGGGCGAAAAGGAUUCAAGGGUGAUAACGGUGUGAAAGGAGACAUAGGACUCAGCGGAGAGAUGGGUGACCGAGGCAUCGCUGGAGAGAGGGGACAGAAGGGUGACCCGGGUCGGUGGGGCAAACCAGGGGUGAGGGGUGAGCAGGGACCCAGAGCAGAUCUUGGGGACAGAGGAACCACGGGGUUGAAGGGACAUCGUGGGCCUACAGGCAAGCAGGGUCAUCCUGGUCCAGUAGGACUGCCUGGUUUGACCGGAGAGCCUGGACGACCUGGACAAGAGUACAUCCUACCAGGUCUGCAGGGAGACACAGGAAGUCAAGGUCCUUCAGCCACAUGCAACUGUUCACAGUUUCAAACCCCACAGCAACAGUGGGACAACGUCCAGGCGAUUUUUAUUGCAGAUGGAGAGAAGCAGAUGAGGAGGCUGCGGGGGCAGAAUGUGAUGGUGCUGCGGACAGACAGACAGGCUCUGUACAUCUAUGCUGAAUCCCAGUGGAUCAACGUACUGGAACCCAGACACUGACCCCGCUCCACCCCACCCAGACUAGAAACAAGAAUCCUUGGCCUUCUCUCAUUACCACCACCGAUGUACCCUUGAGCAACACAAUUCAUCCAAACUCCUCCGGUGGAACUCUGAUGGAGAUGCAUGUGCAUUGUCUCAGCAUUGUAAACGGCCAUUAUGCAUUCUCGUUCUCUUUGUUAACACACUUAAAAUUUCACCUAUAUAUUUGUUACUGUAAUGUUUUCCCGCUCUGAAAAGUGUUGUGUGAUGACUCUAGAAUGCAAUAUUUCUUUCAUGUCCUGCCAUGUAUAUACUGUCGCUGCUGCAGAGAUCCCACAGAGAGAUCAAUAAAAAUCACAUCACUUACUCUGUCAUACUUUUGUAUCAGAUUGCCAUACUGAAGAAGUAAUCCUUAAGUUUUCUGUUGUUUAGUCUUUAUCUUUAUUGCUAAGUGCUCAACUGAAUAAAUGGAAUUCUCUCAGCUUUGUAAAUACGUCUGUUUGCUCUCGUGCAGGGAGUUGAGAAGCUGCACAGUUUAAUCUCUGUGCAUGCAGUAGAAAACAGGUUGUAGUUUGUAGUGGAAAAUAUUAAAGGGCAAGGAUUCUGACAGCCUCACUAAAAAGUUAAUAUUCUCUGUAGUAACAUAUGAUAUAUCAAGUCAUGUGGCAGCUGACUGUUGCUGUUACAAUUGGCGCUAUCUGUUUGUUGGAUCUUUGUUCUGGACCUGUUUGAAACAACGGCAAUUUCCUAAACUGUCAGCUGUCAAAGGGCAAGUCCUGUUUUAGUGUUUGGUGGUGUGAAAAAAAAUCUGACAACAUAUUAUUAGAGGA